AUGAAUCUAAACCAUCAAUACGCAAACGAAGAAGAGUUUGAUGAUACAUACGUGGAGUCUCCCGUAAAGUCCUCCCAAACCACCAAUCCAGGAGGAUUUGCAAAAUUCAGAACUUCGACCGCCGGAAACAACGACAAGACAACGAAAACAUCCAAUUCCAAUGACACCGAGGAGCAGUUGAAGCAAACCGAGCGUCUAAUCGAAAGACAAAAACCUCGAUAUAAAAUCAGCAAAGAGGCCCGUGGUCUAGAGGAGUCGCCUCCGAAUUUGAGAUUCGAUACUAGGAUGUACCAGGAUGUGGGCAACAACUCGUCGCCAUUGCGAAACAAACUGACUUCAAAACGCGAAAACAUUCUCGCAGACAUCGUAAGCAAAACGGGAAACGAGCCAAUCGGGACAGCAGCGACUACCGUUGACGCAAAUCGGGGGCGACUGAAUGCUCAAUCGAAACAAAAUUUGGAUACACAACAAGGAUCUUUUCCUCCACCUCCUCAUACGUUUUCACGUCGACUUUCAUCAUUUUUGAAGAAAGUUGAUGAACCUGAAGAUCAUGUGACCCGAGCACUUUCCGAUACGGCGGAACGAGCAACAACCAAGGAGAGCGGAAACCGCCACGUCCUGCCAUCACAUGCAGUGCAGGAAACGCAAGAAACCCUACCAAAACCUUUAAAGCGCAAGUUUUCAAACUUUAACCUAGACGCGCCAGCCAAGGAAGCGUCAGCAGACCAUGAAGAAAAUACUGCAAAGAAACUGAAACCAUCCAUUUUGGAUAGAGUCAAUGAUACACUAGAAUCGUUAAACAACCGCGAGAGUCCGAACAAGGUGCUGCAAAGAAUUGAUGACAGAGUCCGAAAAGAACCGGAACCAGAACCAGAAAUAGAUCCAGAAUUAGAAAUCAAAGUACCUGUGCUCAGCACGCAAUUCUCAGAAGACUCCUCCGAGCCAGACUUUGUUGUGGGACGCGUGGAAAACGCUGGUGCACCCAAAGAAGCCAUCGUGGAAGAAGAGAUUAGUCACAACUCGUUGGCGAAAUCGACGCCGCUUGACGCGGGAAGAAUCGCAGACUUUGAUCUCAAGGCCUUAUCGUCACCACCACCGGCACCAUUGUCGUCGUCGUUUAGUUCGUGGUGGUCGUCAUCACAAUGGCUGAAGCUUGAAAAAGUGGUUCGGCUGCACCUGAUCCAAAGAGAGGAGGCCAUCAAUAGCAAAUUGUUGAUGAAAGAGCUCGGGUGUGCAAGCAAGAAGGAGUUGCGACAUAGAUAUGAUUUCUUGCUCCACUACAGUGGGAAUGGAUCCUCGUCCAGAGCAAAACGGCUACGAUGA